CAUUCUCACAUUCCCAUUCACACUUCAACACUACCAAGCCAAGAUGUUUCUUCACACUGUGUUCCUCCUUUCCUUUCUCUUAUCCACUUCCCAUGCUACUGUUCAAGACUUCUGUGUGGCAGACCUAAAAAGUGCAGAUGGCCCUGCAGGCUUUCCCUGCAAGCCAGCUGCCAAAGUUACUUCAGAUGAUUUUGUGUUUGCUGGCUUAACUGAAACUGCAAAUGUCACAAACAUAAUCAAUGGUGCUGUGACCCCAGCAUUUGUUGGUCAGUUCCCAGGUGUUAAUGGUCUGGGACUAUCAGCAGCAAGGAUAGACCUUGGUCCUGCUGGAGUUAUCCCACUUCACACUCAUCCUGGUGCCAAUGAACUUCUACUAGUGACUCAGGGUUACAUCCUUGCUGGAUUUAUUUCAUCAAGUAACGUUGUUUAUCAGAAGUUACUGAAAAAGGGAGAGCUUAUGGUCUUCCCACAAGGGUUGUUGCACUUUCAAAUAGCAGUUCAUAAGAGGAAGGCCACUGCUUUUGCUAUUUUCAGCAGUGCAAGCCCUGGCCUCCAAAUCCUUGACUUUGCACUGUUUGCCAGCGACUUCUCUACACCUUUGAUCGCACAGACAACUUUCCUUGAUCCUGCUCUAGUCAAGAAGCUUAAGGGUGUUCUUGGGGGCAGUGGUUAAUUAGCUAGAGCAGUCUCAUGGUUAUGAUUUAUGAAUUGUUCAUUGUAUUGCUUAAUCCAUUACCUUGUGUUGUUUAGAUUCCUUAGACUUGUCAGGUCUUCUGGACAUUGAAUUAUUCGUGUCAUGCGGAGUGCUUAAUUUUUGCUUUUCAUUUCUGUUCCAAAGGUGAAGAAUGUCUCUUGAGACUUGAGCAUGACCAUGUUUAGAUGGGUUUGCCACUGUUAAUUGCUGAACAAGUUUAUCCAAUGUUUUCUGGUG